GGCCACGCCAGCCGCGGGCCCAGAAUAGCAGCGCUGCCCCGCAGAUAGCAUGGAGCAGCUCCGCGGCCCCGCCGCGUCCCAGGUGGCGCUGCGGGAUGCUGUUGUGUGCCCUGAGGAGGAAGGGUUUCCGAAGGCUGUAUGCCCCAGGGAGGAGGAAGAGGAGGAGGAGGAAGAGGAAGAAUACAGGAGACCUGUCACCUUCACACUGGGAAAUGAGAUACUGGGGCUGGGCCCACAGGCUGAGUUUCAGACCCCUGAUGCUGAGGUCUAUAUGCACUUCUUGAGGAGCCACUGCUGCUAUGAUGCCAUCCCCACCAGCUGCAAGCUCGUUGUCUUUGACAUCUCCCUGGAGAUCAAGAAAGCCUUUUUGGCACUGGUGGCCAACGGGGUUCGUGCUGCCCCUCUCUGGGACAGCAAGACGCAGAGCUUUGUGGGGAUGCUCACCAUCACCGACUUCAUCAACAUCCUCCACCGCUACUACCGCUCACCCCUGGUUCAGAUCUACGAGGUGGAGGAGCACAAGAUUGAGACCUGGAGAGAGGUGUACCUGCAGGGCUCCCUCAAGCCACUGGUCUACAUCUCUCCGAGCAAUAGCCUCUUUGAUGCUGUCUACUCCCUGAUCAAGCACAAAAUCCACCGCCUGCCUGUCAUUGAGCCUGUCUCGGGCAAUGUCCUGCACAUCCUGACGCACAAGCGCAUCCUCAAGUUUCUCCACAUCUUUGCUUCUACCAUCCCCAAGCCACGCUUCCUGAAGAAAACAGUGCAGGAACUGUGCAUUGGCACCUUCCGUGAUCUGGCCGUGGUGGCUGAGACUGCCCCAAUCUACACUGCCUUGGAGAUUUUUGUGGAUCGCCGCGUCUCCGCCUUGCCUGUCAUCAAUGAUGCUGGGCAAGUGGUUGGCCUGUACUCGCGGUUUGACGUCAUUCACCUGGCGGCCCAGAAGACCUACAACAACCUGGACAUCAGUGUGAGGGAGGCACUGCAGCAACGCAGUGUCUGCCUGGAGGGAGUCCUCACCUGCUACCCCCAUGAGCCUAUGGAGGACAUCAUUGACCGCAUUGCCAAGGAGCAGGUCCAUCGCCUGGUUCUGGUGGAUGAGAACCGGUACCCGCGGGGCAUCGUCUCCCUCUCUGACAUCCUGCAGGCCCUUGUGCUCACUCCUGCAGGUAUUGAUGCUCUUAACUCUUAGCCCACGGUGCUCCAUCUUUCUCCACUUGCACCCUCAAUUUCUCUCCACUUCAGGUAGGCGCCACCCCCCCGUUGCUGUGUGCCUGUCCCCUCCCUGCUGCUGGGUCACCUGCCUCUGCCCCAGCCAAAGUGGUCCUGGGGCACGGAGGAGGCUGGGGCUGGGGUGUGGCAGCGCUGGGUGCCCAGGUGGGGACAGCAGGACCCAGAUGCUGCUUGUCCCAGGGGUACACAAGGAUCACAGGGGAUCCCUGGUGACUGUGAGGAGGGAUGGGGGCACCUUCCAUGGAGACACUCUGCCAGAACCCCAUUCAGGCAGCGUGUGGAAUGCAGGUUUUGCAGGUCCCUGGGCUUUGGGUUGGAUGAAGGUUUUGGGGUGUGAUGUACCCCAAGACAAAAGCCUAUUUUUGAUCUUGCCUCAUUCACCUCCAAGACCUGAGCACCUCCAAGGGACACAGAGUGGGCAGACCCCCACUCACACACCCCACACAUGCUGCCCACCACUAGCCAUAAGCAAAACUUGGCCAGCCCAUGGGCUCCAGCUGGCAGAGUCCCCCACCCCCCCCACUUGCAGCAGCCCCAAAACUGUCUGUUCCAGAGGCAGGGCUCACUCCCAGGUGGCACUGGAACCACACUGCCUGGCCACCUGCAGCUGGCUCUGCUCACCCACUGCCUGGUGAAUCCUCACUGGCUAUGGAUGGGCACGGUCCUGGCACCCACUGUGGCAUCUCUUUAGGGGUGAAAUGAGGAGGGGGGAGCUGGCUCCAGUUCCCAACUGCUUCCCAAAGGUAAUUAUGCUUCUUGGGGUGGUGGUGGGCAAGGGAUUGGGACAGGCCUGUGCCUACCAGUUGCCCCAGCAGUGCCCAGCUGCUCUGCACAGAAGGGGACUGGGAAUGGUGUGUGUUAGCCACAAAUGGGAUAUCCCCCUUGCCCCCCUCCCCCCAUUCCCCCCACCACAGUGCCUUUGCCCACCCUAUCCCUGGUGCCCACAGGGGUGGGUGUAUCAGGAGCUGCAGGGGACACUGAGAUGUCCCAUGCCAGCCAAGCUUCUCUCCCUCCUACCCCAGGGCUUGCACACAAGCAAGGACUGGAGGAAAGACCCCAGUGUGCACUGGGAUGGUUGGAGGGGCCAUGUCACAGGGUGCUCAGUCCAGCACUGAUCUGGGCUAUGGUCUCACACGCUCUCUUGCCCCACAGGCAUCGACAGAUCCUCACUCUGAAGACACCAGGGAAAUGUCACUGUCUCGUCUGACUCGGGGAUCUCUUGUGUGACCUGUGAGAAGGAGGCUUGGGCCCGAAGGCUCUCUGUGGGGAGGACAUGCCUGUCCACCCCAGUCCCCGGGCUCGUCUUGAGUCCAGGGCUAGAUCCUGCCGGUCUUGGAGAGGCAGAAACACUGAAAAUGGGACCCCGGGGUGCCUCGUGCCACUGAGCACACAGUGAUGCUCAGUGGGCACGAUGCCGGAGGGGCUGCAACACGCCUGCAGCUGGGCAGAGACCCAGACAGCCCCAGAGGACCUGGCCACCCCUCUGCCAUCCUGCUGAUGGAUCUGAGCGUUUCUGUUGUGGCUUCCUCCUGGUGAACACAGUCCCGCUGUCUGUGCUCGGUGCCUGGUAGCGUAGGCUCAGCUGCACACACAGGCUUUUUUAUUGUAGGGUCACACGGGGCUGGAGCUCUCUGGCAGAGGCACAGUCUGUGCCAGAGCUGGCAGCAGGAUGGGCACUUGCAUGGAGACCCUGUGCACGUUUUGGGGCGGGCAGGGGAUAUUUAUUUAUUUGUUAGUCUGUUCAGCCUUGCUGUAACAAAACAGCCUG